UUGUCCGCUCGCCCUUUCAUUCCAGCUUUUCAUGCAAAACACAUUCUAAUGACCAGCUGUAUGCGGGAGUAGUAAGGAGCAUGCGCAGUGUGUGAACAGAGGACGGCGAAGAUUCAAAGUUUUUGUUCAGGAUUUUUUUUGCUUUUCUUGGCUUGCACCGACGAACCGAUUCAAGAUGUUUGGCUUUCACAAGUCAAAGAUCUACCGGAGUAAUGACGGCUGUUGCAUCUGUAAGACCAAGUCUUCCAGUUCACGCUUCACGGACAGCAGCAGAUACGAGGAGACCUUCAGGAUGUGCUUUGGGCUCUCUGAAGAUCGCGUUGGAGACAUUUGCAACGCGUGUGUGCUGCUGGUGAAGAGAUGGAAGAAGCUUCCCCACGGCUCCAAGAAGAACUGGAAUCAUGUGGUGGAUGCCAGAGCUGGUCCUGGUUUUAAGGUGACAAAGCCCAAGAAGAUCAAGAACAGCGAUGGGAAGAAGAAGAGCAAACUAAAGCGGCUUCAUAAAUUUAAGAGACAAACAGACUCGGAUGCUCACAGCACCACUUCCAGCAUGUCUCCAGCCCAAUCUCCCAGUUACAGCAACCAUUCGGAUGAUGGUUCUGACAUCGAGUCCAAACAAAGGCGCUCGUCUCCUUCAAUCUUCUCCUUCUUGGAUCGUUCCUACUGGAAGAGGCAAAAGGUGUGCUGUGGAAUUAUCUACAAAGGUCGGUUUGGGGAAGUGAUUAUCGACCCCCGACUUUUCAAGCCUUGCUGCAGCUCAAAAAAGCAGAAGACACUGACGCCCACGCAGGUGCCCACACUUCAACCACAGCACCCAGAAGAUUUGAAAGAAACCUGGUGAAUGGUUUAGUCAAUUCUCCCCUUCCUUUAUGGGGCUAUCCAUGGCAUCCCACCUGGAUUUGUCUCCAGUGGCAGACCUCAGUUUCAUUUCCCGUUAGACCAGUUCAUGUUCAUCCUUGUAAUGUUAAUUUUUAUAUUGGGUAUUUUUUAUCUUUUGUAUAGAGUUGAGCUCUUUGUUUCACAGAAGGGCAAGGGGGGGGGGGGACUUUUGGGCAUUAGUGUUAUUUAUAGGAUAAGGAUAACAUUUUGUUGAGUUAAAUCUCUGGUUCCAAAUUGUUUUUGGUUAUUUUUGUAUUGAAUCAUCAGUUUUUUUUGUAAAUAACGGCUGUUUUUUAUUUUUGUUAUUUCAUAUCAGGACUGCUUUAUUUUUUAUGACUUGUAAUACUGUAAUUGUGUGUAUGAAAGACACCAGCUAUUUACAAUACCAGCUUCAUGUGUGUUGAAGGGAUACUUCAACUUUUGCUGCAUUAUUUUGUCAUCCAUUAGCUCUGUAUGUUUAAUGUUUUUUGUUUUUUUUUUAGUGCACAAAUUGCUUUUGAUAAAACACAUGGAUCAUUAGCAAAUCUUUUCAGUGUAAAUGUGAUGAAAUGUGUACAGAUUAGACACCUUGGACAUAAACAGCUUUAGCCACCCAUUUGAAACACUCAGUUUUAAUUUGUUCCGCUGUUUGUGCACAGAGACCAUGCAUGCAGUAUGUCCCACUGCUUGUUGGAUUAAUGGUUUUAUUUAUUUCUUUUGUACAGCCUCCAAUGAAAUUACAUUGCAUGUUGUAAAGCAAAUCGUUUUUAAAGAUGGAUUUCUGUAAAUACAGCGUUUUUUUUUGGCUCGUGGGUUUUCCAAAAAUAAGAAUUAACACGAAACGGCGAACCACUACAUCUGAAAGGUGCGGAAGGCAUGUGUUUUCACGCUAAAAGCCGGUUUGGGCACUCAUUAUUUUCUCAGGUGUGUUUCUCAAAAGGCCUGCGCUGAUUUAGCUCGUGCUCCAGUGCAGUCGUAGGUGGAAACUGCAGAGACACGGAAAGCCUACCUGCAGAAUCAGUGAGCUGUGAACUUGCGCUUUGUGCUGUCAAACUGAACAUGCUGGAGACCCGUGGUUGCUCUGCAUCUUUAACGCUCUUUAAGGAACGUGUUCAAAAAAAAAAAAAAAAAAAGUUCCAAGCUAUGCAGACAUUUUGAAUGUGAGAAUUGCUCUGGGGCUUUCUGUCACUUGUAUUGUUGAGUGAUGGAUUCUUUAUUUUUUUUAUUUUAUUUUUUACCGAAUUGGCUCUAUUAUUUUAGCAAUAAUGUUACAUCAUCAUCAUCACCAGUCAAUGUCUCAAAAUGUCUGUAUGCCAUGUUAGAAAAUAUGGCUUAUAUUGCACAGUUGUUGCCAUGGUGUAUACGGUUUGAGUACUACAGUGACAACGGUUGCUUUUGUUUUUUGUUAUUUUUUUACAUUUUUCUAACCAAACUCGAAUUAAAGUGAUUGACAGGCACUGCUCUGUAAAGUUGCUUAAUAUAUAUAAAACUGUAUUCUGCGGCAGGGUAGUGAAAUGCUGAAAUUUUUUUUUUUUUGAUUCUUAUUGAAAAUAGGUAAACUGCUUCCAUUGUAAGCUGGAUAAUAAGCUCGGGUUUCUUUUUUAUCUUUAGGAAGUUGCCAUGUUUUUUUGCGAGGUACAUUUUGGGAUGUAAGAUGUGCCUUAAUGAAUGAGCUGACCUUUUUCACUAUGAUUCGUAUGUAAUUUAUAUUUAUUUAUUACGCAACCUUUUUGAAAACUGAAAUUUUGAGCUAACUGGUGUUGAGCCUUUCAGAGAAAAGUCUGUUUCUGAUUUUGUGCACUUCCUUUGAACAUGCAAUGUAUGUUUUUAUAAUGCUUUUUGUAUACUGUACCACAAAGUAGAUCUGUAUAAUAAAUAAACACAAAAAAA